GAACAUGGCGAUCAAGCAAGCGGGAACGGUAGUGUUGGGCGGUGGAAUUUCAGGACUUGCAGCUGCAUAUUAUUCCAGAGUCUCUCAAAUUGGAGAAAACAAAUUAGUUGAUCCUCAUGGCCAAGAAAAGAUUGUCAUUUUAGAAGGCAGUCCCAGAGUUGGUGGAUGGGUUGACUCUUUUCAAUCACCAGAGGGAGCUGUUCAUGAAAGAGGAACGCGUAGCAUCCGUCCUGUUGGAGUUGUUGGCAAGAACACUCUGGAUUUGGUAUCCGCCAUCGGCUUGGAAGAUGCUGUCAUACCCGUCACACGCAGCCACCCUGCCACGCAAAACCGAUUCAUCUACACCCAAGACGGCCUCCAUCGCCUCCCAUCAUCCCUCACCACCGUCCUCCGACGACAGGCCCCGUUUUCACAAUCACUCUUAUCCAGGUUGAUCAGAGAACCAUUCGCCGUCAAAUGUAAAGAAGAGGAUGAGACCAUCCAUGAUUUCUUUUCGAGGAGACUCGGGAAAGAGGUAGCUAAAUAUCUUGCAAAUCCAUUCUGUCGGGGCAUCUUUGCAGGAGACUCGAAGGAGCUGAGCAUGAGGGCAUGCUUCCCUGCAAUAUUUAAUGCUGAGAGGAAAUAUGGUUCUAUUAUCAUAGGAGGCCUUAGAGAUAAACCAGAAAAAUUCCCUGACAUUGGUAGGAGCAAUAUAGCCCAGAAAGCCAAGGAAGAGAGAUGGGCCACCUGGACAAUGACCAAUGGACUUGAAACAUUACCAAACAGGCUUUCUGAUUGGCUGAUUGAGAAUGGGGUUGAAGUUCAAAGGUCAAAUCCAUGUAGGAGGAUCGAGUUCAUUCAGCAGACUGAUGCACGUGAUACACAGAAGAGUGUCAGGCUUAUGACUGAGAACGGUGAGGUGUGGGAGGCGGAUCAUGUUGUCUGUGCCACUUCUGCUCAAGUCACCCAGAGACUACUUCCACCUGAACAUGAGAAACUGUCCAACCUUCUUCGUCAGAUCACCAGCUGUACCGUAGCCGUGGUCAAUCUAGAGUACGACAAUGUACAGCUCCCUGUGACCGGGUUUGGUUAUCUGGUCCCUUCAUCCGUGCAGUCCAGAGUACUUGGUGUGAUCUUUGAUUCAUGCGCUUUUCCUGAGCUAGACAGGAGGAAAGACCCCACAACAAGAAUGACUUGCAUGAUGGGUGGUGCUUGGUUCAAUGACCUCUUUGGUGACCCCUACAAUGUUGACCCCAGCGACCUCUUAUCAAGUGCCUUGACCGCUGUCCAUGAUCAUCUUGGGAUCGGUCAGAAGCCGACCUUCUCAAAGGUCAAUAUCCAUCAUGAUUGUAUACCGCAAUACAGACUAGGACAUACGCAACUUGUUGAAGAUGCACUUUCAUACAUCAAAGAUCAUCAUCUUCCACUCAGUAUUAUUGGAUCUUCUUACAAAGGAGUCAGUGUUAAUGAUUGUAUCUUCCAAGCUCGACAAGCAAUACAUUCUCUUCAAAAGCAAUGAUAAAAUAUAAAAUACUAUCUGUUUGUACUGUCACAGAAUCUUCCUCAAUAAUAGUGAAAAUAUAUUAGAGUAGGCUGAGAGUAUAUUGUACAUAAAAUAAUCAUCAAGUUACCUUUAAUGCUGUGCCAAAUAUGUGGGUCUUUUUAAUUUCAUUUUAUUUCAAUUCCAUAUCCAACAAAGGAAUAUAAUUCAAAUGACAUAGUAUGCAUUGUCAAACAAUAUCAAGGGUGUGAGAGUUCAGAUUUUUAUCUGAUUUCAGAUUUUUAUUGUUUUGAUAUUUAGCUUAAUUUCAGCUUUCUUUGGCUUUACUCUGUACAAAAAUAAUGGGAGCUCACUCUAAGACUUUUUUACCACUCCUCAGCUUUUUUUAGAUCUUUUUAUUUGUGACCACUCACACCCCUGCAAUAUGAAACAUUAAAAUCUAUUCAUUUGAUUGAAAACCUUUUGUAUAAACCCAAAUAGGUUUUCUAUUUUUCAAGAUGGUGAUUGAGUAAGCACACAUUGAAAUUAAUGACAAGAAUUUCCAAGAUUAUGUUUCCUGGUUGACUCAAUGGAUAAAUUUAAUUGUGAAACAAAAGUUUGUCAAUGAGUGUGGAAACAUUCAUAAGUUGAGUAGUAGAAUUAACCAGUUGUCUCACGAUGGAUCAAACGUAGUGGGAAAGCGACGUUUCGUCUGCAAGCUGCGUCAGGCAAUGAGCAAAGAAGCUGCUGUGCACGGGUUAUAUAGCGUCGGGAGCUAUUGUCCGGCUCCACUCGGGUGUGAGCUGCGCUGUGAUUGGCCAAAGCCGCUGGCCAAUCAGGGUCCGUGCUGGUGCUUGGUGCCCGCUGGAGCGUGCACCGUGCAGCAGCUUCUUUGCUCAUUGCCUGACGAAGUCUAGCAGCUUGCAGACGAAACGUCGCUUUCCCACUACGUUUGAUCCAUCGUGAGACAACUGGUUAAUUCUAUUACUCAAUUCUUCACCACGAUGAACCUCUUCCAUAUCAUCAUUCAUAAGUUGUUACUCUCCUCAACAUUUUCCUGAAAAAAAGUUUUGUCAGUUUGAUUUAGGGGGAACUAUUUGCAUGUAUGGAAAGAAUCUAUGUUGAGCAGACUGUUAAUUGCCUUGCUUUUACCAAAGUUUCUUGAAUUUUCAUGUGUGAGAAGAAAUGAUCACUGAGAUGAAAAUCUUUGCAUUCUUGUUGGAUUUCCUGGAUUAUAUCACGUCAACUCUAUUAGCUAAAAUUGGACAUUCAGUGAAGUUUGCCUCUUUGAAUUCUGCCUCCCCCCUGGGCUCAUCUUAUUCCAUUUAGAGGUGUUUUUUCCAAGAUUUUUCAAAGACUUUUUUCAAAGAUUUAAGUGACUAAAGUGCACUAAAAUUCCCACUUCAUGUGAUGCUCAGGGGACAUGCUCUACAACGUGUGUUAGGUACCAUGUGCACAUUUUGAUCAUAAAAACUUUAUAUGAAAAUCUCCUUCCUGGCAGAAUUUGAUAAAGAUAAUAAGUGUGUUAAGGGGUAACAGACAGGCAAUAAUUUCAAAUAUACCUUUCUAAGUACAGUUUAGAAAACUUAAGAAAAGUUUUGUAAUCUGUACUUUAAAAGGAGAUAUUUCUUUCAAAAUCUGUUUGUUUUGAAAAAAAGGGAAACUGUAUUAUAUUGGGAACAACAAAGUAAACACUUGGGUUGUGUCUAUACAUAGACAGACUUCACAUUCACAAUUACGUAAUACAAACAGAUUCUAUCACAAUAUUCGUUUUAAUAACCUUUUCUUAAUUCUUAAGUAUAUAAAUAUAAGCUGCAUUAUUAUAGAAACUUUAGAUGUUAAAUUAGUGUUAGGCAAAAUAGAGCAAGUAUAAUUUUUCCUGUUAUAUUCAAAAGUUUAUCUUGAGGAUAAAAUGAUUAUGUUGUAAUACCCUUUAUGCCUCUGUGGUUAAAGAUCUUUGUCAGAGGUAUUAUGAAUUUGUUAACAUAAUACAUGUAUAAUUAGUCAAUAAUGUAAACAACAUAAUGAAAAUUUCUUUAAAAAAAAGUAAUCAAUAAACACAGGAGAUGGUCAUCUUGAGUGUUUGAGCAUCUAAUUGAUAUAUGUAUACACCUAUAUUGAAAUUUAUUAAUCUCACAAUAACUCAAUGAGUUUUUAGGGAUUAGCUUAAAGAUAGGCUCAUGUAGUGAUAAUGUACACAGAGAAUUCAUCUUGUUUCUUUCCUUUCAUACUCACAGGCUUGUAGACUUUGUAGGAAUAUAUUUAUGUGAAGCCA